AUCAAAUGCCCCCACUAAACCCUAACCCUAGCUACGGACGGGCGCGCUCGCUCGCUCCCUCGAUGUUUCCGAAGCGCCGCGCCUCGGUCUCAUCGAAACCGAUUUCUUAAAUCCCCCUCUGUCGCUCCUCCACUUGCUCUGAGAUCUCGGUGGUAAGAGCUGGGCGUCGAUAGCAAGGAGGAGGGGAAGGCGUUCUCUUUUAUUUCCAGGCCAGAUCGGAGGAGAGAACCCCGUUUAGUAGCGGCUUCGUUUAAGAGAAUCACAGUUUUGCAAUCAGAACCUUUAUCUGAUAGAAGAUGGCGACAAUGACAGCUGGAAGUCUGCAAAUGGCAGCAAUGAGGCCCUGCACCUCUUCUUCUCGUAGAUUGUUCAUGUCAAGUGCAGCAAUUUUAGGGGUGGAUGUAAAAGGAGCAAGCCAAGCUAAAUUUGCAAGCUCUUCUUAUAUUUCCUCUGUUAAACCUCUUCGCAAAACCCUUGUGUCUGCUCCUUUAAAGUUUACGAAUGUCGUUACGAGGGCACUGUCUGGUGAAAGUGAGAAAGGGGUUGUUUCAGGAUUGCCUAUUGAUUUGAGAGGUAAAAGGGCAUUUGUUGCUGGUGUAGCUGAUGAUAAUGGCUAUGGUUGGGCAAUUGCUAAGGCUCUUGCUGCUGCCGGUGCUGAAAUUCUCGUUGGUACAUGGGUGCCUGCACUUAACAUUUUUGAGACUAGCUUAAGACGUGGCAAAUUCGAUGAGUCACGCCGGUUGCCCAAUGGUUCUCUUAUGGAGAUCAUCAAAGUAUACCCAUUGGAUGCAGUUUAUGAUACUCCUGAGGAUGUUCCUGAUGAUGUUAGAACAAACAAACGUUAUGCAGGUGCCUCAAAUUGGACUGUGAAGGAAGUAGCUGAAUCUGUCAAGAAUGAUUUUGGAAGCAUAGACAUUCUUGUUCAUUCACUAGCAAAUGGACCAGAGGUCACCAAGCCUCUCUUGGAGACAUCUAGAAAGGGAUACCUUGCUGCUAUAUCUGCAUCAAGUUAUUCUUUUGUAUCACUACUUAAGCACUUCCUUCCAAUUAUGAAUCCAGGUGGUGCUUCAAUCUCCUUGACAUACAUUGCUUCUGAAAGGACCAUUCCUGGGUAUGGUGGAGGCAUGAGUUCAGCAAAAGCAGCCCUAGAGAGCGACACUAUGGUGCUAGCUUUUGAAGCAGGGAGGAAGCACAAGAUUAGAGUGAAUACAAUAUCUGCAGGUCCCUUGGGAAGCCGUGCUGCAAAAGCCAUUGGAUUCAUUGAGAAGAUGAUAGAAUAUUCUUAUGCCAAUGCACCAUUGCAGAAAGAAUUGUCAGCAGAUGAAGUGGGCAAUACCGCGGCAUUCCUGGUUUCUCCUUUAGCUUCAGCAGUAACUGGCUCCGUAGUUUAUGUUGACAAUGGAUUAAACACCAUGGGACUUGCCACAGACAGCCCAACACUAGCAGUGUAGAUGGCAAGGGCAUAUUGAUCGGGUUCCUUAAUUGGUGCUCAAGUUCCAUUUAGUUUCCUGUCCAGAGGCUGUCUGCCAUGAAUAAAGAGUUGGGUUUCAGAUUUUGUCGGUAUUUACAUUCUUCGGACGAACAGGAUUCCAAAAACAAGUUUUUGUCAGUAGCUUCCUAUGAGAUGGUAGACUUCAUGAGGGAGUCAUGGCGAGUGCUGAGUUUGCUUUGCUUCUUUUGGCUGUUAUUUUGAGUACUUUUGGGGGCGUAAGAUUUAGAAAUCUGAAGUUGCCAGAAAAGGUUUUAUAGGCUAUAAAAGGCAAGUUCGUUCAGUUUACAUGUGAUUGAAUCUGCUGCAAUCUUAGUUGCUGCAAGCUAUCGUAUGAUUUGAUAUAUAUCUAAUGUACAAUUGCCACUAAAUAUGUGCCAGAAUGCAGCAUUCUUACAUGUUGGGAAAA